CUCCUUCUUGGCAUCUCAUGCCCCCAAGCUGCUAGCUAAGCCCAUACUGAUCCAUCGCUUGCAUGAUCUUGCAUGGAAGGUGCUAGCCAGCUCGAGGCGUGCCUUCCCAGCCUCUACGCGCUCGAUCCGUACACGGCCCCUCCCCUUCUGGCUCCAUUGCCGAAUCAACACAAGCUUAUCCAGAUGCCGUUGGUACAAGGACAGUCUGGGAACCACGGCGUGAUGUUCUCGUCGGACCAUGGCGGUGGCCUGUACCCGCUGCUCCCCGGGAUCCCCUUCUGCCACUCUAUACCCGCCGCCCCCGCAUCAGCAUGCGAGAAGCCCACCGGGUUCGCGUCCCUGGGCGGCGCAGGCGAGGCGGGCACAUCGGCGGCGAGAGCAAGCAACGAGGUUGCGAGUACUACUACUGCCACUACCGCGGCCACUUUCCAUGGCGCCAGCUCAUGGUGGAAGGGGGCGGAGAAGGGGAAGAUGAAGGUGAGGAGAAAGAUGAGGGAGCCGCGAUUCUGCUUCCAGACCAGGAGCGAGGUGGAUGUCCUGGACGAUGGAUACAAGUGGAGGAAGUACGGGCAGAAGGUUGUCAAGAACAGUCUUCAUCCCAGGAGCUACUACCGGUGCACCCACACCAACUGCCGCGUGAAGAAGCGUGUGGAACGGCUGUCGGAGGACUGCCGCAUGGUGAUCACUACCUACGAGGGCCGCCACACCCACAUCCCCUGCAGCGACGACGACGACUCCGGCGACCACACCGGCAGCUGCGCCUUCACCUCCUUCUGAUCACCAACAGCAAAUACUUGUUAGUUGGAUAUGGUAGAUGCGCGCGUGCAUGCUUUUGAUUAGAUAGCCUAGCGCCACCGUUAAUUACUGCAUAUGCCAACAUGCAAUUGAAGAAUACAUCGAGUUGUAAUAUUCUGAAUCUGACGCAUCUGGUUCAUCGU